AUGUGUUGUGUGACAUUACAACAACGAGCAAUAAAUGAGCUUUUUCAUGUUUCACCACCACCCUUUGUUAUUCCAAUUUUUCGAGCACCAACAACAACAUCAACUAUUAAGACUACAAUAAAUACAACAAUAGCAAGUACAAGUAAAAUUUUUUCUACUGUCUUAAAACAAGAACAUAAACAAGUUGACCUUACGAGUACUCUACCAUCUUAUAUGAUCAGUCAACAUAUAUUUGAAAAUCUGAUUUUAACUAAUACUAUUGUUGCUGCGUUCAGUAUCGUUCUUAUGAUAACAUUAACUGCAUUUCUGAUUUUUCUUCUUGUACCGUCUAUUCGACGUCGAUGGCUUGAUGAUCAAGGAAAAGAGGAGAAAAAAAAUGAAAAUGUAUCAACAUUAAGUCGGCAACCAUCAUUUCAUCAGUUUACAUUAGGUCCAUCUCAACUCAAUCCAAUAUUUGAAACAACAACGGGCGCAACAAGAACAACAACUCAAUUUGGAACAUUAUUUCAUCCUCAUACAACGACAGCUACGCUUCUUCAUCCAACUCUUUGGACACCAACGUCUGUUGUUUCGACUCCUGUGUCGUCUCAACAACCGCAAAUAUCAGCAGCAGCACCAACAGCACCACCAAGAACAAAAACAAAAGCAACAACAACGACAACAACAACAGCUCGACCACCAUUACCAUCACAUUCACAUUCACAUCCAACAAUACAAAGAUCAACAAGAAAAUGA